AUGCCUUGCGGUGUCGCCAUCAUUCGAUACGAGCAAUGCCUGCACAAGCUCCUCUUCAAGGUCGGAUGCACUCAAGCUUGCAAAGGGCUCUGUCCCCCAUCACGUCAAAGAGUCCUCGUCGUCACUAGUUACCUCUGGCUCUGUGAGGACUGUCACAAACGUGACUAUAACACAGAACUCGUUGAGCGAUACCACAAAUGGACAAAUCUCCAGCGCGGAGUCCCCCUGGACUACCCCCCCGAGCAACAGAGAAUGUUGAGCAUCGUAUUGCAGAACCGAGAGUGCCUUGACAACGCGUUCCGCGAGAGUGCCCGCGCCAUGAAGCUCGAGGAGAUCCAGUGGGUGGCAGAGUGGACGUAUGAGUAUGGUCUUAUGCUGUACGAUGUAACGGUCGCGAGGAAAUGGAAUCGAAGCAAGGCUAUGAGGAGGAUAGACCAGUUGAGGAGCUUGCGUCUCUGGGAUCUUGUCGUGAUCAAAGAUGGUCUACGAUGUUCUCAGGAGCUCUUCGAGGACCAGCCAGGGGAAACUUACUGGACGAUCAGUGAACAGUUCGCCGAGCAGCAUUAUGACCGAGCAUGCGAGGUACAGCUCCCUGAGCCAAGUCGACCACAGCCCCCUUUGUUUUCUGAGAUUGAGAAUACACCUGAGACAAAGGAAAGCGUCGAGUCCCCGGACAUGAUGGACUGGGUCCACGAUGGCGAGGAUGAUGAUGACGAGGACCCCAUAACUGAGCAACCUCCUACAUCACAGCCACUCCUUGACGAACAACUCCAUGGCACUGCUACAACAACGGCUACCCACGUCUCGCUGAACCGGUAG